AUGUCUGAUUUUCCUCCCAAUUUGUCCAUUAGACCUUUGACCAUCGAAGACAUCGACAAGUGUGUCGUCUUAGAGAACAAGGGCUUUUCCGAGUUUGAAAGAUGCACCCCCGAAAAGUUCAAGUACAGAUUGAGAGUUUGUCCGGAAUUGUGUUCUGGAUUAUUCAUCAGAGACUACGAAUACAAGUACAACGCUAUUAAUUUGCCGGAAGUUGCCGAUGCGUUGAGCAAAGAAAACAGCUCCAACGAUGAUUCAAACACAGAAACCAAUGACGAUGAUCUCAAUGAGUUACCUGCCAAGUCUUCUGUGACUAAAGAGACGUUAGUAGGGCACAUCAUCGCCACCAAGAUCCACUCGUCCGUUAUCACCGGUCUGGCCAUGGAAUUGCCCUCGGCAGAAGACCCCACCGCAGGUCAUUUUGAGGGCUCGAGAACUGUAGGCAUCCACUCUGUAGUGAUAGACCCGGAAUGGCAGGGCAAGAACUUGGGAACGUUGUUGUUGCACGACUACAUCCAGAAGUUAUCCAACCAGGACUUGGGAGACAAGGUAGUGAUCAUAGCACACAAAGAGUUGAUUCCAUUUUACGAGAAAAUCGGCUUCAACAACUUGGGAGAAAGCGAUUGUAAGUUUGGAGGAGAUACCUGGUACGAUAUGGCUAUUGAUUUGAUUGCUGAAGACGAUAUCUAA